ACCCUCGAGACCCGGCUGGCUUCAAGAGUUCCUUUUGCUCGGUCAUUUGGCACCUUGACCCGGCGUACAGGUUAAUGUACGGUCCAUAAAGUGACCGACGGAUCUCUUCUCGUCGAAUGGAAUCGAGUGUCUGAAAAAGGAGAUCGAUUCCACGACUUGUUCGAACUGGGGACGACCUUCUGGUCUUCGAUGUCAAAUCUACUCUCGUCGAAUUCAUGAUGGCUACGGACACUAUGCCUCGGAGUCCCCCGGUGCAGGCAUUCCCAACGCCGUCCGCCACCCCACAAAGGGUCCCCUCGAUUCACGUAAGGGGGGAUUCCUCGCCCGGUCCGUUGACGUCGCCUCCUUAUCUCCCCUCUCAAAACUUCUCGCCCGAUGGGCGCAGUGACUAUGACGACAUCGCCGACGAGGAGGCGUUGUCACCGUUCGAUCCGCGUCGGUUCACCCCGACGCUGCAUGCCUCCCUGGUGUCGGAGAUUCUGUCCCUCCGGCGGGAUGUAGAAAGCAAGACAAAGGCCAUUGACGUGCUCGAACGAAGCCUGGACGAUUCUCGAAACGAGAAUGAAGACCUGGCCGGUCGACUAUCGCAGAGCACCAAAGAAACUCGUUCACUCAGGCAUCAAUUACAGUUGCUAGAAGGCGGCAGCUCGUCUGCCCUUACCGAGCUUGCCCGAGAGCGCGACGAAGCGCAAGAAAACAUCUCGGAUGUUCGCAAAAAGCUGGAGCAGACUCAGAAACGAGUUCGAAGCCGGGAGGAGGAAAUGGAGAGGACGUUGAACCUGUGGGAGCGGGAUAAACAAUCCUGGGAGAACGAACGCCGAAACAUGGAGCGUAAGGUUCAUGUGGUAGAAGGCCGCCUCAAGGUGGUAUUGAAUGAAGUGGCCGCCACUCAAACGGCCGGCUCGUCGCAGUUGGCCCAAGAGACCGAUGAGACGACGACGACCAAAGACGAAACCACAGGGAAAAGCAGUGACUCGGCAAGCAUUCGUUCCGGCAGUAGUCAAGGACGACGCCGGACGAGUGUCACCAGCGUGAGCUCCGACGAGGGGGACUUUCACAACAUUCGAUACUCGGUAGCAAGCAUUGCGAACGUACCGGGUAUCAACAAGAACGACGGCCUGAACCUUGCCCAGGAGCUGGCGUUCGAUGAAGAUGAGGAGUUCGAGAUCCCCGACGACGAUCUGGUUGUGCCCGCCUCCCCCGAGGCGCUUCCGGAAGAGCGGCCGGUGUCGGUUCAAUCUCAUCUCUCUCACACCAUCGGCAUGGGAGCGAAAGCGAGGAAGAUCCUUGGACUUUCUCUCCACGGCAGCGGCGAUGGUCAUGUCCCCAGAGGCGACGGCACGUCGGAGCCGAGCAGCCCCUGGAAGGCUCCGGCAUCAUAUGUAUAUCGGGACGCGGGCAUUCAGUACUCUCCUCCACCCUCUCCAAAACCACCCACGAAGAAUCAAACCCUGCCGUCAAGCCGGUAUUCAGGGGAAUAUCACGACGAUGCCCAGCCGCCUGCACCGCACUACUCGUCCAAGGACAGCAGCACGUCAAUGGCUUCGGCUGACAUGGUAUCGACGUCCUGCCAGACGGUUGCGGAUCUUCCCACUCCUCCAUGGACACCUCUGGUGAGCGAAAUGCCGCCUUCGCCAUCGCUGCCCGAGCAAACUGCGAUGGUUUCUGUCUCGGUGCAAACGGAAGAUGCAGCCGCCAAGACCGAAUCUAAGAGUGUCAGUCUGCAGGCGACCGGCUCUGCGUCACCCGAACUCGCGGUCCCAAUGAUCGCAAUCCAUCCACCAUGCUCGGAUCCCCCGUCGCCCCGUGGGAGCGUUGUCCUGCCGCCCCAGACCAAGAGCGCGUCUUGCCAGGUCGAUCUCCGUCCCGCCGUCGAAACCCAAACGAUCGGCGUCCAGACGGAAGAGAUCCGGAUCGAUCAACGGUCCGUGAAGCUGCCUGCCAGCUUACUCCCGUCGGCCAUCCCAGACCUGCCGCUCAACAUGAGCCCUCAGGACAUGCCGGUGCAGCCGUAUCGGGCGCCCCCUCCAAGGCCGGCUAAGGGCGAAAGAAAAGCGAGGUCAUCGGUUGACGAAAAGCCGGCGAAGGCUGCCUCGGAACCCAAGUUCGCAGACCAUACCCAGGCCUAUCCUGGGAACAAUGACAACGGUCCCCUGUCCGAAGAGUCGAAGACGGAUAUUAGGCGGCCUUUCAGAUCGAGCAGCCUCUUCGCUGGGUUCGAGCAGCAGAGCGACGAGGAGUCCUCCGAGGAGUCCAAGGAUAUCUUCACCGAUGACGCCCUUCUCAACCGGCCGUUUGCUGCGUACAAAUUAAAACGCGGAAAGCUGGUUUCGACGCAAGACCGGCCGUGCGUGGAUGAAACCGUGCGCGAGGUUGACGAGCAUCUGAUCGAUCUAGAUGCUCGCCGUGAUACUACAGCAAACGACGCGGAUUUCGUCACGUCUUCGCAGUCUGGCCAAAGAUCCGGGAUGGUGACACCUUCGACGGCACGCCAGCAGGAUAUCCGGCGAGCGGCGAUGAUCUCCAGCGGAGCAGCCGCUCAUCAAAAGAUCCGGCCUCGAAGUCCCAGUGAGCCGAGCAUCGACAGUGGAAGUGCUAGCGGAGCGUCGAGCGUCGCUCCCCCGUUUCCGGUGCCGGUCCGUCUCAGCUCCAGGAAAUUCCCAGUCACCGGGAGUGAGGGCCGCCAGAGUCCGACUCCUUCCAACCAUCCCCGGAAUUUCUCUGAUCGAACGCGUCCGCCGAUUGUACGACGUCCCACCCUCCGACGAGUCCGGUCGGCCGCUGCGAUGUCCCACACCGAGCGUGACCGACAAGGAAGUCUUUCUUCUCCCAUGUCCGGCUCUUCGUUCGGGCAAGACAGUCCCCAGCCCCACCCACCUCUUCCGUUUGAUGAGUUCACUAUGCCUCGGGAUCGACGAGCAAGCCAGCGGCGGUCAACGCACCGUGCGGCGGCCCCGUCCCGCGGACCGUUCCACGAGCGACAAGAUUCAACGGCCACGUCGGUUCAGCCGACGAGUGUGGUCGACGCGAUCGCACAAACCAUGGUUGGAGAGUGGAUGUUCAAGUACAUCCGUCGACGACGAUCGUUUGGCGGCGUCGGCGAAUCGAAGGACAACUGGGAAGGCCGGAAUGCCGAGGAGGUGUCAGCCAACAUCACCAACAGUGGAGUCCGGCACAAACGAUGGGUCUGGCUGGCUCCCUACGAACGAGCCGUCAUGUGGAGCAGCAAGCAGCCGACAAGUGGGCCGGCCCUUCUGGGCAAGAGUGGCCGGAAGUUGAUGAUCCAGUCCGUGCUCGACGUCAAGGAUGACAACCCUCUACCGAAGGGCGUCAACCCGCAGAACCAGUUCAAUCGUUCCAUUCUCAUCCUAACGCCCCAGCGAGCGCUCAAAUUCACCGCCACCAGCCUCGAGCGUCAUUAUGUCUGGCUUACUGCCCUGUCGUUCUUGAGCCACUCUGCCAUGGGUCUCCACGACCUCUCCUCUCUCCCCCCGGCGCCGCAGGAGGAGUUCACGCCGCCUGCUCAGACAGCCUCCUUGCGCCGAAACCCGAUCCGAGACUCGAUCAGGAUCGCGAAGGGCCGACCUCGACCCGGUCCCAAGAGCAAGCGCUCGUUGAAUCAGCCGGAGCCCGUGCCGGAAAUCUCCGCAGGCCGAGAGUCGACGAACUCGAUCGACGCAGCCGAUCCACCCACGGUGCCUCGGUUUUCCAACCACGCGCGCAAGCGCAGCAACACGACCCCUCGCAUGCCAGCGAUCCCGGCCAUUCGCAGCUUCUCCAGCCAGGGAACGAUGCCGUCGAACCCCAGCACGCGCGGAUCCUCCGACACGUACGGGCCGCAGUCCCACGGCCCGGCGACGACGAUCAACAGCGGCCGAAGCAGCUUCAGUCGCCGCACCUCGGAAACCAGUGUCCGAACGGGUAACUUCUUCGACGCGGUUGGCACCGUUCGCAUGGAAGCGUUCAUUGACCAGGCGGACGCCAGUCGAUUCCGUCCCACGCGCGGCCGACAUGGUCGCAAGGCUUCGAGCCCGUGGGCGGCACCGAAUCCGAAGUUUCGUGAAGUCAAUUACUCCCCUUAUGACGAUUCCGAGCAAUUUCACAACGACGAUCCGUUCCGGGGAUUCUAGACCCUCCUUCCCCUCUCCACUCUGACUCUCUCCCUCCCUCCUUGACUCUUCUCUCUCUUCCGCUCUUGCCCUUUUUGAAUAAAAGAAAAAAGCUCUUCUGUUGUUAUCGCAUAGCGAAAUUCUGUCUCGUUCUGGCCUGUACAUUUGUUUCUCUGUAUGUAAUUGUUUGUUCUUUGCAUGUGGGACGGGAGCCCUGCUUUACCAUCUGCCUUCGAUAGUCCCGUGCA